GCGCGCUGUUGUUCAGGUUGUCGUGUUCAGAUUCUUACAUCCGAUUUAGUUUUGCUUGGAAUGCUGAAGUGAAUAGAGUGCAUAUGACUAUUUGACUGACAGAACCUGUAACAAAUUUACGCCUUAAACAUAAACAUCGAGUUAUCAAUCGCAAAUUAAAUUCAAAACAUUCUCGCGUAAAUUGUUUUUUUUUUUAUUGACAAGUGUUAGAGAAAGAGACACAAACAGAGAGAAAAAAAAACAACAAUAACGAAGAAAGAAAAUGUAUGUGUGAAUUAGUGGAAAAUUGAUUUAAUUCGUUUCAAUUGAAAUUCUGAGCAAUUCGCGCAAUUGCACUUUAAACGAACACAUGAGCUAAAAUUGCAACGCUACACCAAAUAAAUAUUUGUAAACACAAAACAUUGACCGUUUUAACGUGACCGAAAAAAAAGAGAGUGUUUUAUUUUAAAUAAAAAGUCAACUUGCCAUAUCAGUGACACAGAGAUUGUUUGCCAAAAAAAAUUUAAAUACGAAAAUUAUUGAAUAUUAAAAAGCCAAUUUUUCUUUUUCUUUCGUGUGUGUGUGUGUGCACCGUGAAUGUAAUUUCAUUCUGGCGAUCGAUACGCGAAAGAAAACCGACGAGAAAGAGAGAGAAAAAGGCACAUUUUUUGUGCAACAAUAAUACAAGAAAGGAGAAACAAAUAUAUUUUGCGGACACACCGUAAUCAGUAAGCAUACGAGCAAAGUUGUAAAACGAACAAAAAAAAAAAAAAACAGAAAAAAUACAGGCCACAAUAACUAACGUUACGUGUUUGGCGCGUUGCCACUUUGAGAAUCGUGUUUAAAAAAUAUAUAUAUCGAGACUGUCAAUCUACAGACACUUGCAUUGGCUGCUGCUAAUUCUUUUUUUAUUUUCAUCGUGUUGCCGUAUUUCAUUGGAUGCACUUCUAUUUGAUGACAUUUGAUGAGAUCGAUGGUAAUUUGUGAAUCUGAUGUGAUGUGAUAAAAAGCAACAACAAAAUAUUUAUAGCGACCGCAGAACCUGUGCUCAAAUGACAAUUGCGAUAUAGAUGCAAAUCAACACAAAAUUCAUAAGAACGUAACCGAUACCCAAAACCGAAUACACACGAAAACAAAACCAAAACGGAAACCAAUUCUCUUACUUAUUAACUUGGCAUUAGGAGCCGCACAUCAACACUGAACAAAAAUGAACUUAACGAAACCAUUACACAUGUAUUUCGUACUAAUUUUACUUGCAUGCAUUCGAAAUGGCAUCUACGGUACACGAAUACCACUGGAAAUUGUACAGCUGGAGAGUGGUACACGACUAAAUGAUGAAAAAAUUGCAAACACUGAAUAUCAGGUGCACGAUGUAGAUGACCUGGCUUACAUUUCAAAUAAGCAUAAUAAAAAUGCGACCAAAACUGAUGAUUGGUUCACGCGAUUCACAUCAAAUCGUAAAACGAUUCAAGAGCCGCGCAUUUUCUAUCAAGUUGGCUCAUCGGAAGAUGAUUUGCCGAUAUGUGGAACGAACGAAGUGUGUUCAAAGAUUGAUUUAUACGGAACACCAUGGAUCGAACGGCAAUGCCGUUGCCCACCGACAAAGCAUCAUCAUAUCUUCGAGGGUGCCAUUGAAACGGGCAAUGAAAGAAAUAGCAUUCUCAGUGCACGUAAUCGCCAUGCAAUUUUACACAAUUUAAAACUCAGCGAGACCACCGGAAAUCUUUAUGAUUUUGAAAGUGAACACAUUAAAAAUGUUCUCAUUAAAUUGGGCAUGCUACACAAUGCCGAAGAUAGUUUAAUCAAAGAAGCUGAAGAGUAUAUGAACGAAAAUGAUGCAUCCGAUGAACUAAACUAUUCGGAGGAGGAGAGUUUUUCAACGAAUUUUCCACGAAAUCAUCGACAUCGAAUGCAAAACAAUGAAGCCAUCGAAAUGGUGAAAAUGACAAAAAUUCGACAUCACAACAAUGUACAUGGACAACAUGCACAACCAAGUGGACAAUGUUCGAAUGCGAUUACAUCAAACGAUGGCUAUACAAUUGCUGAUAAAACACGAAUGUAUAAAAUGUGCGAACCCGUUCAAAAAUUGCCAUUGUGCAGAUAUUUCCGUGAUUAUACAUGGACACUUGUGUCAUACUCUGACAUGAAUAUAACACAGCAAAUCGUCAACUGUCGUUGCCCCAAAAACUCGAUCAGCUAUCUAAUAAAACGUGAACCGCUUAAAACCGGUGCACUUGGAUACACAUAUUUGUUCGCGUGCUCACCACAAAGCAGAUUGAAGUGCCAACGAAAGGAACCGUGCAAGCUGUUCACCGUGCGCAAGCGACAAGAGCAAGUCGAUGAAGUCAAUACGAAUGUGUUAUGCCAGUGUCCGCGUAACUACAGAUGCCCAAAAUUGCACACCGAUGUCGGCGUCAUUCUUGGAAAGAACUACGUCGAAGAUAACAUUCGAACAUAUUCCGGAUUUUGUUUACAGGAUAUUCAUUGAGCAUUGCAAACGCACGAUUUUAAUGUUAAUAUUUGUAAAAUAAAACAAAAAACAAACAACGAAA